GUGCUCGCCAAUCGAUAAUUAAAAAAUCGAUUGUCGGAAAAUCGAUUAUGACUAUUAUUAUUUCCAUGAAAUCCGCCAUGUCCAAUGCAUGAGCAAUGUCAAUCUUUUUUACCCAGUUAUUAUGGAUAGUUGUGGGUUCAUAAUUUUUUAUGUGAAUUAGUUCAACGAGUCUCUCCAGUUUCGUGGUUAGUUCGUCAAAGUUAUUAUUGAUGUAUACGCAGACAAUUAAGAUGCCGGUGCAAAAGGACUCGAACAUUGUUAAAAUUGCUGUCAAAACCGCUGGGACGAAUCUGAAUGCCCAACUGAUUGAGUUUAAUCAGAAACAACCCUUGACCGGAAUAAUUCAGGAACUCUGCAAUGGCUGGGGCUUAUCUGAUCCGGACACCUAUUCUCUUCAAUUCUCCGAGAGUAAGAAUAAAAAUUACAUCACCGAGAAGAAUCGAAAUGAAGUUAAGAAUGGAAGCAUUUUGAGAUUGGAGCACUCGCCUUCGAAGACAGCUGGAGAUAUUCUCGCCAAAUUAAAUGAUGGAACAAUCGAGGAGAAGGUUUCUGCACUUGAAAAAUCGAGUACCCUAGCUUCGGACAUAACGUUUGCACAUGAGUUCAUCAACAAACAAGGAUUGGCGUUGAUCAUUUCACAGGUAGAGUCAGGAAAAUACAAAACAACAGCUCUUGCAUAUUCUCUCAAAUCCUUUGUGGAGUUGAUGGACCAUGGAAUAGUCUCUUGGGACAUUCUCGAGCCACCGUUCAUCAACAAGGUCGCCAGCUACGUUAACAAUCAGGCAGUAACACAAGAUGCUGACGUUAUCGAAGCUUCUCUGAGCAUACUCGAGAAUAUUGUACUGAACUCCUCAGGGCAGUACGCAUUAGUCGAGAAAGAAGUCACCUUUCCAAAUCUGUCCAAUCAUCUGCAGAAUAUGAAACCCGAGAUACAGCAGAACACAAUUGCCUUGAUUAACGCACUCUUCCUCAAGGCAGAUGCUCGCAAACGAAAACACGUGGCUGCAACUCUGCAGUCCAAACAAAUCAGAAAUGUUUUUCUGACCAAUGUUAUUCAGUCAACUGGUGAAGUGGGCACGGAAAUGGCUCAUCAACUUUACGUGCUGCAAACACUGAUGUUGGGCCUCCUCGAACAAAGGAUGAUGACGAAAAUGGAUCCUCAGGAUCAAGAUGCUCAUGAUAAAAUAAAGGAACUUCGACGAAUCGCUUUUGACACGGAGGGAAAUUCAACUAAUGACGUGACUUCUCGAAAGCAGGGACUUCCUGCCAAAGAUUACAAGAAAUUGGGCUUUAAGUGCGAUAUUAAUCCAGCUCUGGAUUUCAUUGUCACUCCUCCUGGUAUGUUGGCACUGGAUUGUAUGGUUUACUUUGCAAGGAAUCAUACGGAAGCUUAUACAAAGGUCGUUCUGGAACAUUCUUGUCGAGCUGACGAGCAUGAAUGUCCUUUUGGAAGAACCAGUGUGGAACUUGUUAAAUUACUUUGUGAAAUUCUGAAAAUAGGCGAAGCCCCUAGCGAACAGGGGCAGUCCUACCAUCCUAUGUUCUUCACUCACGAUCACCCCUUCGAAGAAUUUUAUUGUGCUUGCAUCGUUCUUCUGAAUAAAACCUGGAAAGAGAUGCGAGCAACAACUGAGGACUUCGUGAAAGUUUUCUCGGUUGUUCGCGAGCAGAUUACACGUGCUCUUCAAUCCAAGCCUACUGGUCUUGAUAAAUUCAAAACUAAACUCCAGAGUUUGACGUAUUCUACAAUCACUAGCUUGUGGCAGCAGGAAAGAACCAACAGGGAAGAGUGGGAGAGCCAUGCUAAGCCUAUUGUUGAGCUCCGCGAGCAGAUAACUCCGGAGAUUUUGGAGCUCAUACAACAGCAGAGACUUGGGUUCUUGGUCGAGGGGACUAGGUUCACCAAGUACAGUGCCAGAGGACAGCGAAUAAAAGAUAAAUUCUGGUACGUCCGCCUCUCCCCAAACCACAAAGUCUUCCACUACGGCGAUUGUGAUGAAAAAUCAGUGCCAACAAUUGACGAGCUCCCGCUAAAACUGGCAGUAGUGGAUAUCAGAGGAUUACUUGUCGGCAGAGACUGCCCCCACAUGAAGGAUCUUCAAAGACGAAAAACAACUCAUCAGCUGGCCUUUUCCCUCGUUCUAGAGUCCCUACAAACCACCCAUCUGGAUUUCGUCGCUCCAGACGAACAGGUCUACGACUAUUGGACUGAUGGCAUCAAUGCCCUCCUCGGAAACAAAAUGACUAGUAAAGAAACCGAAAAUGAUCUUGAAACUUUGCUGUCGAUGGAUAUCAAACUUAGACUUUUGGAUGCUGAUGGCCUGGAAAUCCCCCAAGACCCCCCUCCAGUUCCUGAACCUCCUCCAAACUAUGACUUCUGCUAUGAGUUGAAAUAAUUUAACAGGUAAAUGGCCAGAAGGAGCUAGUCUCAGUAUUUACUAAAAACUUCAGCAUUCCCAAUGAUAUUGAAAUUUUCUAAACGCUUCAUUGUUAUUCCUCACCAUGGAAAAGCUGCUAUUUUUCGGAAAAGUAUAUCUAUACUUGUAAUCAAGAAAUUUAUAGCUCGAAAAUAACCAAGGCAACAAUAUCUUACACCAAAAAAAAAUGUCUGAAAAUAUUUAGUAGUUUCCUUCUAUUCAAAAAAUAUUUCCCAAAUUGUAAGGAGAAAGCUGCAUGUGUCAUGAUAUCCUUCAAUAUUGAAUAAGACCUUAUAUUCUUAAUAAAACUUCCACUGCCUAUAAGAAGGUACUUUGAAUCAGGUGAAAUUCAUAAUUAAUUCCUUUAUUGAUAUUUUUAAAUAUUGUAGAACGAUUUUAUUCUAUACAUUAAACGAUUUUUUUAUCACACGAGGCUUUACAAGUCCAGGUAAAGUUGUAAUGUUAGGAAUGAUGUAGUAUAGAUUGUACCAAAGAUUUUUAGCAAAGCUUAUUCGAUUCCCUAAUUUAUAUCAUUGAAUUUUUCUUUUUAUAUCAGAAGAUUUCAUAAUGCAUAAUCACGUUGUUAACAGUGAUUCUAGAAUUUUCAACAUAAGCAAAGAAUUUGUAUACUCAGUAUUGAAAGAACUCCAAUUAUAUUCCCAGUAUGGUAACAUAAUUAUUAUUAACCAAGAUUUGUAAUACAAAUUUAUCUAAUCAAAUUGAUAAAAUAUAGACGUGCAUAUUAACGCA